CAUUUACCAUCCCGUCUAUCCACAUCGUGCUGGCGAGCAAAACAGCAAAAGCUUGUAGCUCCUCACCGUCGCUGCUCGGAUCUGCUCAUUGUUGACAGCACAGCGAUCGGCGCGCCUUCCACAAUGUCUUCCUCUUCGCCGCCCCAUGGGCCUGGCGCUUCUCGCAAGCGCCAACGCUCUCCAUCGCACAGAGAGCACCUUGGCGCCGCAUCCACAGCAGGCCCCUUCGACGCAUCCUCUCCCGGCGGCAUCACGCUGACUGGAGCAGGAGCGGGCCUCGCACACACACCAGGCAGCAACAUGCGCUCUUCACCGCCGCCAUCGUCUCUUCCGCCUUCGUCACCGCCCAACGCCUUCUCUGACUUUGAUGACGCCAGCGGUCUCGAUGACGAUGGCGAUGACGAUGACGGACCGGCACGCAGACGGGACACCCGCGUCGUCGACGAUGAGAACGAGGCGCGCAUCUUUGGCGACAACUAUCACGAAGAUGAAGAUGAAGAUGACGAAGGCGAGGACCUCUUUGGCGAGAACAUGCACGAAGAUUACAAUCUCAACGACGGACUCGACAACUAUGACGCAGUCGACAUUGAUGAUCAGUCGGUUGCGUCUAUGGACAUCAACACGCGUCGCCUCGCCGAACUUAAGAUGAGCCGUCGCGACCGACAGGAGCGGGCGACGCGUGGUGCCGCCGCGCGCUCACGUGCACCCGCCUUUUUGCAGAGCGACGAGGAGGAAGAAGACGACGACGGGGGCAUCCUCCGCCGGCGCAGGCGAAGGCACUACGACGAGGCGAUCGAAGACGACGCAGCGCCUGACGAGCUGCCUCUCGACCAGCUCGCCGACAUCAAGACGGAUAGCAUUGCCUCGUGGAUUGCGACCGAGAACGUGCGCCGCACGAUCGUGCGCGAGUUCCGUGCCUUCCUCGUCACGUACGUAGACGCCGAGGGUGUGUCCGUGUAUGGCCAGCGCAUCAAAACGCUUGGUGAGAUCAACUCGGAGUCUCUCGAGGUCUCCUUCCUACACCUCGUCGACAGCAAGGCCAUUCUCGCCUUCUUCCUCGCCAACUCGCCCGCGUCGAUCCUUCCCAUCUUUGACGAAGUCGCCUUCGACGUCGUCCAGCUAUACUACCCCUCGUACAACCGGAUCCAUCCAGAGAUCCAUGUCCGCAUCGCCGACCUGCCUUCAUCAUCGACGCUGCGCGACCUGCGUCAAGGUCAUCUCAACUCGCUUGUGCGCGUCAGCGGAGUCGUAACGCGCCGCAGUGGCGUCUUCCCACAGCUCAAAUACGUAAAGUUCGACUGUCUCAACUGUGGUGAGAUCCUGGGGCCAUUCUUCCAAGAUGCCAACCAGGAGGUCAAGGUGUCGUUCUGCUCCAAUUGCGAGAAGCGCGGACCGUUCCGCGUCAACGCCGAGCAGACGGUCUACCGCAACUACCAGAAGAUGACGCUGCAGGAGUCUCCAGGGAGCGUCCCGCCCGGUCGACUGCCGCGCCACCGCGAGGUGGUCCUCCUAUGGGACCUCAUUGACAGCGCCAAGCCGGGUGAGGAGAUCGAGGUGACGGGCGUCUACCGCAACAACUUUGAUGCCAAGCUCAACAGCAAGAACGGCUUCCCUGUCUUUGCGACCAUUCUCGAGGCGAACCACAUUGCCAAGAAGGACGACGCCUUUGCCGCUUUCCGCCUGACCGAAGAAGACGAGAGUGCGAUCCGCGCGCUGAGCCGCGACGAUCGCAUCGGUAAGCGCAUCAUCAAGUCGAUCGCACCUUCCAUCUACGGCCACGAAGACAUCAAGACGGCCAUCGCUCUGUCGCUUUUUGGCGGCGUACCCAAAGACGUCGGCGGCAAGCACCGCAUCCGUGGCGACAUCAAUAUUCUCAUGCUCGGUGACCCGGGUACGGCUAAGUCGCAGUUCCUCAAGUACGUCGAGAAAACGGCGAGCCGGGCGGUGUUCACGACAGGUCAGGGAGCGAGUGCCGUCGGUCUGACGGCGAGCGUGCGCAAGGACGCCGUCACGCGCGAGUGGACCCUCGAAGGCGGUGCGCUAGUGCUUGCCGACAAGGGCGUCUGCUUGAUCGACGAGUUCGACAAGAUGAACGACGCAGACCGCACAUCGAUCCACGAGGCGAUGGAGCAGCAGUCCAUCUCGAUCUCCAAGGCGGGCAUCGUGACGACACUUCAGGCGCGCUGCGCAAUUAUCGCGGCAGCUAACCCGGUGCGCGGGCGGUACAACCCUACGAUCCCCUUUGCGCAGAAUGUCGAGCUCACCGAGCCGAUCCUCUCGCGUUUCGACGUGCUGUGCGUCGUGAAGGACACGGUCGACCCGGUCAAGGACGAGAUGCUCGCGCGCUUUGUUGUUGGCUCGCACCUGCGCUCGCAUCCGACGUUCGACGAGGACGUGGAUGAGGCGCGUGUCGCGACGAGCCUCGACGCGGACAUUAUCCCGCAGGAGCUGCUAAAGAAGUACAUCAUGUAUGCGCGCGACCAGGUGCGCCCGAAGCUGCACUCGCUCGACCAGGAGCGUCUGGCAGGACUCUAUGCGGACCUCCGCCGUGAGUCACUCAGCACUGGCUCAUACCCUAUCACUGUGCGACACCUCGAGAGCAUGAUCCGCAUGGCGGAGGCCAGCGCCAAGAUGCACCUCCGCGAUUAUGUGCGCAGCGACGACGUUGACCUCGCGAUCCGUGCCGCCGUCGAGUCGUUCGUCAGCGCACAGAAGAUUUCGAUCAAGAAGACGCUUGAGCGGGGCUUCCGCAAGUACAUCCACCAGGCGCGCGACCACGACGAGCUGUUGUCGUUCAUGCUCGGCAGCAUUGUCAAGGACCGAUUACGCUUCGAGACGCUCGGGCAGCAACGGCGGCGCCGCCGUCAGCAACAGGAGCAGCAAGGGGGAGGCGCUGACGCAGAGGAGGACGACGGGACACACCUGGUCAGCGUACCGCUUGCCGAGCUGGAGGGCCGGGCAAAGGAGCUGGACAUCUUUGACAUACGGCCGUUCCUCGCGAGUAGGCUGUUCGCGGCGAACGGGUACGCGUUUGACUCCAACGCGCGCACUAUUUCGAAGCGCUUUGGACAUUCCCAUGGGCAGCGGCGCGAGGAGUUGCUCUGAACGGAUGUGUUUCAUUUGUAUUUCACUGUGUUUUUCGAGGUUUUCAACAUGUACUAUAGUUGAUGUGGGAAUGGC